AUGCGCAAGAGUAAAUCAUAAACCCUAAGCCCAAUGUGCGUUAGAGUAACACCUUUUUCACGUGAAAAUAUUUUCCUACCAACCAAACACGAAAUUUGAUGUUUAGGGCCGAAAACGAACUUCAAGCCAUCCUUUUAUUGUGGGCACGAUUUUUGCGUAGUAGGUUUUCUCUCUCGAACUCAGACUCAAGACUCAGUGAAACAAAUCAAUAAUCAGGAGCAUAUCAUCAUCAUGUCUAAGAACCACAGUGGGAAGUCAGGUAUUGGGAGGGCCCUAGUGAAGCACCAUAACCAUUUGAUUCAACAAUCCAAAGAGAAGGGCACCUUCAAUAGGAGGCAGAACAAGCAAUUGCCUUUGGAGUCGGUUACAGACAUCAAGGAUAUCGAGGCUGUGAUUGAGCAGGCAGAAGAGGCUGGCCGCAUAUUUUCUUCCGCUAAUCCCGACCCCGACCUCCUCAUCAAUCUUGAUUUAAAUUCUGAGAAUGGCAAUUUGACUGGGGAUGAAAGGAGAGAGCAACAAAAAGAGGAGGCUUUGUAUAGAAGCAAUCUUAGAGUUCCUCGCAGGCCACCCUGGAAUCCAAGCAUGUCGGUGGAUGAGCUUGAUGCCAAUGAAAAACAGUCCUUUUUAACUUGGCGUAGAAGCCUUGCAAGACUUGAGGAGAAUGAGAAGCUUGUCCUCACCCCUUUUGAGAAGAAUUUGGAUAUUUGGAGGCAACUUUGGCGUGUGCUAGAGCGAAGCGACCUGGUAGUGAUGGUUGUUGAUGCUCGGGAUCCAUUAUUUUAUCGAUGUCCCGAUCUUGAGGCUUACGUGCAGGAGAUUGACAAACACAAAAGAACAUUACUGCUUGUCAACAAGGCAGAUCUGUUACCAUCUGAUGUCAGAGAAAGCUGGGCAAAAUACUUCCAUACGCAUGAUAUACCAUUUAUAUUCUGGUCUGCUAAAGCUGCAUCAGCUGCUCUCCAAGGUGAAGUUUUAAGUGGUGAUUGGGAUCAUCAUGACCAAAAUGCAAAUGCGAAGGUGUACAGCAAAGAAGAGCUUUUGGCUCGCUUACAAUCUGAAGCAGAGGCUAUUGUAACUGCAAGGAUCGGGGAUGCCGAGGAAUCACUUGAAACUCACUCUCCAAAGGGCAAUUUGGUGGGUUUUCCUGAUUCUAAGCAUGUCACCGUUGGUUUUGUGGGUUAUCCAAAUGUUGGGAAAAGCUCAACAAUCAAUGCACUAGUUGGUGAAAAACGCACAGGGGUUACAUCAACCCCCGGAAAGACAAAGCAUUUCCAGACUUUUAUACUUUCUGAUAAGCUCGUCAUCUGUGACUGCCCUGGCUUGGUGUUCCCUUCUUUUUCUAGUUCUAGAUAUGAGAUGAUCGCUUCGGGUGUUUUGCCCAUCGACCGCAUGACCGAGCACAGAGGUGCUGUGCAGGUCGUCGCGAAUCGUGUCCCUCGAGCUGUGCUCCAGGAUGUGUAUAACAUUGCCUUACCGAAACCAAAGGCAUACGAGCCACAGUCUAGGCCACCUUUGGCUUCGGAGUUGUUGGGGGCUUACUGUAUGUCUCGUGGUUAUGUUGGUUCUAGGGGAUUGCCCGAUGAAACAAGGGCGGCAAGACAGAUAUUGAAAGAUUACAUUGACGGGAAGCUACCGCACUAUGAGAUGCCUCUGGACCAUCAUCCUGUUUCCUCGACACUUGGUGAGGAAAAUGGAAACCCCAAUGGUACGUAUCUUUCUUUUGAUAGGGAAGAUGGUUUUCACAUCUCUUCAUGCAGCACAAUAGAGGACCAAAAUGCACCACCUUCCAAUGAUGUUGAUGAUAUUGAGCAUGUGUUGAAGGAGCUUGACUCUUUCGAUGGCUCUUUUAGUGGUACUGCGAAAGAGAAGAAGGCAGCUCCCCAGAGGGCUUCUCAUAAACUUCACAUGAAGCCUGCUAGGAGGAAAGACCGCUCGUGGAGGGUUGGGAGUGACGGGAGUGAUGGGAUGCCCAUGGUUGGAGUGUUCCAAAAGGAGGUCAGUUAUGGGGCUGCAAAAACAUCUUCAAAGUUUUGUUGAGCUGCCUUUGGGAAGAAGGUUGCAUGCCGUCUCAGAAGCUUUCUCGAGUUGCUUCUUGAAAAUGCGAAGUAUGUGCUGUCUUGCAGUUGAUUGGACGUCAUACUAUGGUUAGAUUUGAAUCCAUGAUAAAGGCUUGUAAGAUAUAAGAACUUUUAUUUAAUAAUCUUUCCCUUUCUUGUUUUUCACUUUCUAUUUCUUAGUUUAGGUUUUGACAUAUUGUGGCCCUCAUGUUCUUACCUUAUGGAAGCGGCGAAGAUCUGCAUUGAAUUUUCAUUUUGA